AACCAACUAUAGGUUCUUUGUUUGGUUUGUACAGAUGGAGGAUGAUAUUUCACCUGUGCUGGCUCCCAAGCAGAAAGAUGCUCCAAAAGAAGAACCUGUCGAUAACAGUCCUUUAAAACCAGCUUCUUCGGGAUCUGCUCGGGGAACUCCAACUACAUCUAAGUCAGCAAAAGGAAAGAGAAAAGUCAGUGGUGAUGAUGCAAAAGCUAAUAAUGGUGCACCUCCAAAAAAAGUGAAGACAGAAAAUGAGGUGAAACCUUCAAAAGAAGAAACUGUGCCUACCUCAAAAAGUAGUGUACCUGCAAAAGGUGCACCUUCAUCAACUUCAAAAACUGCAUCAACACCAUCUACUGGACCCGUCACAGAAGAUGAAAUUCGUGCUGUUUUAAUGCAAAAGACUCCUGUCACAACGCAGGAUCUUGUUGCUAAAUUCAAAUCAAGAUUAAAAGGCAAAGAGCAGGAUAAGGAUGCUUUUGCGGCUAUACUGAGGAGAAUUUCCAAGAUACAGAAAACCAACGGGCCAAACUACGUAGUUUUGAGAGAGAGAUGACUUUGGGCUGCCGGCACGCAAGGUAUGCUGUAGUUCCGACUCUUCUGUAUCUGCUGUACAUUGAGGAAACUGAUUCACCUAAGGAUGGUUUAGGUUUUUUUAAAAACAGAAAUAAAAACAAAAAGACAAACCAAGAAAACAUUGUAGUAAGAUGCUUUGUGUUCCUGUUCUCUCUCCCUCCAAGGGAAACAUAGGAAGAAAUAGAGAGACAAUAAGAACAACUCCGUUUUAAGCCCUGUAGUUUUAACUGAUUGAGCUCUGGUAAUCUGCUGACAAUGAAUUAAAUACUGUUGUAUUUGUGUUUCACU